AUGUUUAAGUUAUUAGGAGGGUUAAGUGUUUACUUCAAGUACCAGCCAAUUAGGACUGAUAAUGCAGUGUUCAGGCUGCACAAUGUGUUCACGACAGUGCUCUUACUCACAUGUUCCAUGAUCAUAACCGCGACCCAGUAUGUCGGGCAGCCCAUACAGUGUAUCGUCAGUGGCCUGCCUACAAAUGUCGUCAAUACAUUCUGCUGGAUCACGUCCACGUUUACCAUGCCUGAUGCUUUCGCCAGAGAGGUGGGCAAGGAGGUGGCGCACCCUGGUGUAGCGAAUGAGUACGACAGCACACAAGAGAAGAAGUACUACACGUACUACCAAUGGGUGUGCUUUGUGCUAUUCUUCCAGGCAAUAAUGUGCUACACGCCGAAGUUCCUAUGGGACGCGUUCGAGGGUGGUCUGCUAAGGACCAUCGUGAUGGGGCUGAACAUCGGCAUCUGCCACCCUGAGGAGAAGGAGAAGAAGAAGGAUGCCAUCAUUGACUACCUCAUGCGGUAUGAGCGGACGCACAAGCUGUACGCGCUGCGGUACUGGGGCUGCGAGCUCCUGUGUCUGCUGAACAUUGUGCUGCAGCUCUGGAUGAUGGACAGCUUCUUCAACGGAGAGUUCUUCUCGUAUGGUACCAGGGUGCUGGGGUACAGCGAGGUGCCGCAAGAAGAGAGAUACGAUCCAAUGAUCUAUAUAUUCCCUCGCAUCACGAAGUGUACAUUCCACAAGUUCGGUGCAUCAGGCAGUAUUCAAACACACGACAGUCUGUGCAUUCUACCGCUGAACAUUGUGAAUGAGAAGACGUACAUCUUCCUGUGGUUCUGGUACAUCAUCCUAGCAGUCGUGCUGAGCCUUCUUGUGAUAUACAGAUUGGUGAUAAUCUUCGUGCCAUCAGUGCGACCCCGCUUAUUACACGCGCGGUCCCGCACGCUGGCGAUGGAGACCGCCGUGCUGGUCUCCCGCCGCACUGACAUCGGGGACUGGUGGCUGCUCUACAUGCUCGCCAGGAACAUGGACCCGCUUAUAUACAGGGAGCUAAUCUCAGAGCUGUCCAAGCGCAUGGGAGAGAAGCCAGGAGCUCGUGCGUGA